AUGUCGAUUUAUACCAUAUGUACAGAGAUGAGUGACGAAAAAUCUGAUGCUGCUCUUGUAACUGAGGAACCAGGUAGGAACGAGAAAUCUACCAAAGCCAAAGAAGUAGUUGCUGGUGAAGAUGAAGUUCAACCUAGUCUCAAUCCAAUUCCACCGGCAUGGAUUUCGACGGGAGCCUCAUGGUUUAACAGCGCCAUUUUUCAGACGAUUAAUACUUUUGACUUAGUUAAAAAGGAUUUGGCAGAGUUUGGUGAUGCUAUGACGCAAGAAGUCGCAGAUAUUACUAAUGCAGCAAAAGGAGGAAUUGGCGCCGCUACCAACGUUAUUAAAGAACAAGCACAUUUUCUGGAGAAACUCGUAACACCAGAUGAGGAAGAAAACCCAGUAGUGAGGAAUUCUCAGGCCAGCAAUAGUGAGUCCGCUAUUGAAAGUGUUGGAUCAAGUUCGCAGUCAAAAGAGGAGUCGUUAAGUGCGGUAAUUGGAUUUGGUUGGAUGAAAUCAGUUGUAAAUACCGUUACCGAUACAGUAAAGAGUUUGGCAAUUGAAGAAACGACUGACGGCGAAGGUGAUUUUACGGAAGUGGUCCGACCUCGAAUUUUACGCAAAACGAAUUUGUCAGCAGCAAAAUUGUUGGAGAUACAAUCAUCAGAUGGGACAUUUCGCAAUGAACCAGAAAACUCUGAUGCUUAUUCGAAAUGGAUGACGCGGUUUAAUAUUGAAGAGUACGACGCUGAGAUUAAUGUACUUCUAGGAAGCAAUCCAUCGCUGAGAGAGAUAUAUUCGAAAAUGGUUCCAUCGGAAUUAGAUAGCAAGACCUUUUGGUCACGAUAUUUUUUCUCUAUUCAAAUUGCUGAAAUGGAUGAGGAAUUGCGUACAUCUUUUUCCCUCAAAGAGUUGUCUGUGGAUACAGAUGUACAAGGAAAGAAUAUUAAGAAAGGUAAGGUGAACAAUUAUAUAUAUUUGAAAGUAGUAGUGUUAUAUUUCUUGGUGACGAUUUGA